GGCUGCUCCAGACUUUUUCCUGGCCCCUGGAAGAACAGCCCUACCCCCACCCUACCCCCAUUCGCUGGUGGGCCUCAGUCGGCCACAACACAGUAGGGGUUUUUCCCUUUCUACCAGGAAAGAUCGAAAUCUUUCCCCCAAUCCUCGUCCUCUUUUCUCCUCCCUCCUCCCUUCUUCCCCUUCCCCAAAGCCUCCCUGGGCAUCGCCUCCCUCACUGUCUUCCCCACCCCUUCCUCCAACUGGGCCGAAGUCACCGUGGAGCUCCAGCGCGACACCCUAACUUUGCAAGCCAGGAGGGAAAUAUGGGAUGUAUAAAAUCAAAAAGGAAAGACAGUCCAACUCAAGAUGGAAUAGAUUUGAAGACGCAACCAGUACGUAAUACUGACCGAACUAUUUAUGUGAGAGAUCCAACGUCCAAUAAACAGCAAAGGCCAGUGCACAGUGUAAACUCUGAGCUUUUACCAGGACAAAGGUUUCACAACACAGAUCAGGAAGAAGUGGUAGUAGCCAUGUAUCCCUAUGAAGGCCUUCACCCUGAUGAUUUAUCUUUCAAGAAAGGAGAAAAAAUGAAAGUCCUUGAAGAGUUUGGAGAAUGGUGGAAAGCUCAAUCUCUUUCAACCAAGAAAGAAGGCUACAUUCCCAGCAAUUAUGUAGCAAAAAUUAACACCCUGGAAACAGAAGAUUGGUUUUUUAAGGAUAUAACCCGGAAAGAUGCUGAAAGACAACUUCUGCUAUCAGAAAAUGGUACAGGAUCAUAUCUUAUCCGAGAAAGUGAAACAUUAAAAGGAAGUUACUCUCUAUCUGUUCGAGAUUAUGACCCACUGCAUGGUGAUGUUAUUAAGCACUACAAAAUUAGAAGUUUGGACAAUGGAGGUUAUUACAUAUCUCCAAGAAUUACUUUUCCCAGUAUCAGUGACAUGAUUAAGCAUUACCAAAGGCAGUCUGAUGGUUUGUGCAGAAGGCUUGAGAGGGCUUGUAUUAGUAUACAACCACAAAAGCCAUGGGAUAAAGAUGCUUGGGAAAUUCCACGUGAAUCAAUUAAGUUAGUGAAGAAGCUUGGAUCAGGACAGUUUGGAGAAGUCUGGAUGGGCUACUAUAAUUGUAAUACCAAAGUGGCUGUGAAAACUCUGAAGCCAGGAACCAUGUCUGUGCAAGCAUUUAUAGAAGAAGCUAACCUUAUGAAAACACUUCAGCAUGAAAAGUUAGUGAGGCUCUAUGCUGUGGUUACCAAAGAAGAGCCGAUUUACAUCAUAACAGAAUUCAUGGCAAAAGGGAGUUUGUUGGAUUUCCUGAAGAGUCCAGAAGGAAUGAAACUGCUGCUUCCAAAGCUAAUUGAUUUUUCGGCACAGAUAGCAGAGGGAAUGGCAUUCCUUGAGAGGAAGAACUACAUCCAUCGAGACCUAAGAGCAGCUAAUGUUCUCGUCUCAGAAGCACUAAUAUGCAAAAUUGCUGAUUUUGGCCUUGCUCGAAUAAUUAGAGAUGAUGAAUAUAAAGCAAGGGAAGGUGCAAAAUUCCCCAUUAAGUGGACAGCUCCGGAGGCAAUAAACUUUGGAUCCUUUUCUAUUAAAUCAGAUGUAUGGUCCUUUGGAAUUCUCAUAUAUGAAAUUAUAACCUAUGGGAAAGUUCCCUAUCCAGGGAGAACUAAUGCUGAAGUGAUAAUAGCUCUGGGGAAAGGAUACAGGAUGCCACGCAUGGAUAACUGUCCAAAUGAGCUCUAUGACAUCAUGAACAUGUGCUGGAAAGAGAGAGCAGAAGAAAGGCCAACAUUUGAUUAUUUACAGAGUGUGCUGGAAGACUACUACACAGCAACAGAAGGACAAUAUCAACAACAGCCUUAGAACAAAGGAAUACUUUUUUCCCAAUUGGCAUAGACAGAUGCCACAUUAAACACACACACACACACACAGACACACAUACAUACACACACACACACACAAACUGGUUGCACAAGUUAUUUCAAUGUGCCUGGAUUGGCCACUGAGCCUGGUUCCUGAAAGUAAAGGCUGAAAUAACUCAGGAAGAAUCUGUAUACUUUACCCAGAAAGAGAUGCCCACUUCUUGACUGAUAGAACAGAAUGGAAAAGAAUAAACUGGGGGAUGACUGGCCCAGAGGAUAAACUACUCAUCUGCUGGUAACCUUAUCUGUCUAAGCCAACAUAUGAAUCCAAACUUAGAAGGAAAAGAAUAGAUUCAAUUAAAACAUGUAUGCUCUGACUGUAUUUCUAGGUGGAAAUGUAAUAAUUACUUUCAAAUGUGAUCCAUGUCAGCAAAUUGUGGCACAGCUAUUUUCAGAUCAAAUGUACUCGUUUAUAAAGUCACCAUCAAUGAUUA